UCGUGCAGUAAAAGUGAAAUAUUUUGAGAAAAUUUUAAUACCUACUUUAUAUGUGGAAAAAUAUAAAUUUUAACUAGCAACAAACCAAAAAAAUCAACACUUGGGUCAUUAAUUGAUUAAGAGUUAAAUAUAAAAAGUAAAAAAAGAAAGAGUGUGAUAGUCAAUAAAGCACAUCCAUACAUGCAUUUGUUGACGUAUCACACGGAAGGAUACAGUAUUACAUUAAUAUUUACAAAUAAAUUAUAAUUGAUUAUCAGACGUGUUAAAAAAUAAAUUAAAUAAUGAGUACCGCCGCAGUUUCUGCUGCCAUACAGAGCACAGCCGGUGCUGUGCCUGUUCGAAAUGAAAAAGGUGAAAUAUCCAUGCAGAAAGUUAAAGUGCAGCGUUAUGUAUCUGGCAAGCGUCCAGAUUACGCAAUCGUUGGCACCAGCUCUGAUGAAUCCGAUUUGGAAGAUUUCAUUGAUCAUCGCAAACGUGCUGCUCAACAGCAGCAUGAACGACGCUCCCACCGCGAACAUACCGAAACUCAAGAAAAGCCACAAUCUGGUAAUGAAGCAGAAGUUGAUGAUCCACGUCUGCGACGCUUGCGUGUUCGUCCAGAAGAUCAGGAAGAAUUGGAACGUGAACGUCGCGAAAGGCAUAGACAUAUACAUGAACCAGAAAUUGUUGAGUCGGAAUCGGAAGAAAGCGAAGUAGAAAAUGAGAAAGCAGAAGAAAAGACGACAAAUAAAAUUACACUAGCUUCUGAGUCGGACUCUGAUUCAGAUCUGAGUGAAGAUGAACUGGAGCAAAGACGUUUAAGAUUGCGUCAUCGCAUGUUACAGCAACAGAAGGAAGAGGAGGUUUUGCAAAAAGAAGAGGAAAACAAAUCUGAAUCGUCAGAAACUGAAAGUUCAGAUUAUGAAGAGGAAACUGAAAGUGAAGAAGAUAACGAGCCACGUCUAAAACCAUUAUUUGUGCGUAAGCGUGAGCGCGCCACUAUACAAGAAAAGGAACGUGAAGCACAAAAGCAAAAGCAGUUGGAAGCCGAAGCUAAGCGUACGGCUAAAGAACGUAGACGUAUAACUUUACGGUUGGUUGAGGAAAGCGUUAAAAAGGAUUUGGAAAAAGCUAAACCUGACACUGCUGAAGCGAGUAUCGAUGAUGUUUGCACAGACGAUGAAAACGAUGAAGUUGAAUAUGAAGCUUGGAAAUUGCGCGAGUUGAAGCGCGUUAAGCGUGAUCGUGAAGAACGUGAAAACGCUGAACGAGAGAAAUUGGAAAUUGAUCGCAUGCGUAACUUGACCGAAGAGGAACGUCGCCAAGAGUUGCGUAAUAAUCCAAAACUUAUCACAAACAAAGCUGCCAAGGGCAAAUACAAGUUCUUACAAAAGUACUACCAUCGUGGUGCUUUCUACUUGGACGAAGAGAAUGACGUCCUGAAACGUGAUUUCGCACAAGCCACUUUGGAAGAUCACUUCGAUAAGACUAUUUUGCCCAAGGUGAUGCAAGUAAAGAACUUUGGGCGUUGUGGCCGUACCAAAUAUACACAUUUAGUUGAUCAAGAUACGACAAAAUUCGAUUCGCCUUGGUAUGCUGAAACAUCAAAUAAUAUUAAGUUCCAUAAUGAGAAGGCAGGUGGCAUGAAACAAGUGUUUGAUCGCCCGAGUUUGUCGAAACGCAAGAAGAUGGAAUAAGGGGCCACUACGCAAAAUAUACAAUUUAAUAUGCAUGUGUAUUUAUUAACGACAUACAUAUGUAUAGGAUUAAAAGAUAAGCAUUUAGUAAAGCUUUAGUUGUAAUCUAUUGAUAUUGUUU